AUGAAUUUCUUCAGCUCCGUCUUCUCCGCCCCUGCCGAGGAGGAUGGCGAGGAGCCGCAGCAGGAGGGCGAGCAAGAGCCGGCGGCCCAAGAGUCCAGCGGAGGGUGGAUUUUCGGCGGCCUGAUCGAUACGCUCAAGGAGGAGAUCGAGGAGCAGCGGAGAGUGAAUGAGUCGGCCGCCGCCGCGGAGGCGGAGGAGGCCCAGAGUGGGGCCGAGGGAGAGGCUGGCCCCGGCGGCGGGUGGAUCUUCGGCGGGCUGAUCAAGACGCUCGCGGAGGAGAUUGAGGCCCAGCGGAAAGAGCAGGAGGCCAUCUCAGCCGCAGCCGCCGCUGCGGAGGAGGAGGAGCUCGAGCGGGGAGCAGAGGCUGAUGCGGCGGCGGCAACGGCGGAUGAGGAGGGAGAAUCUUCUGGCGGCGGGUGGAGCUUUGGCGGCCUGAUCAAGACGCUCGCGGAGGAGAUUGAGGCGCAGCGCAAUGAGCAGGAGGAGGCUGCCGCUGCGGCGGGGGAGGACGGAGAGCGGGGAACCGAUGCCGAAGCGGCGGCGGCGGAUGGGGAGGAGGAGUGGGGCCAGGCUGGGGAAGGCUCAGACAGCGGGUGGAGCUUCGGGGGCCUGGUGAAGACGUUCGCGUCGCGGUCGGAGUCGGUGCUCGGAGGCUACCGCCGCGACCUCGAGGACCUCGGCUCGGGGCUCCGCCUCGAGACGGCCGCGCUCCGGGCCGCCGCCGCGCGCGCAGCCUCGGCGCUACCUGGCGCGCUGGAGGCCGGUGCGUCCGCCGCCUCCGACAGGCUCGAGUCCGUCGGUCAGACCGUCGACGACCUCGGUGCCGCCGCCGCUGGCCUCCUUUCGCAUGCCAACGAGGCACUCCGGUCCGCCGAAGCCGACGGUGACGAUGGUGACAGUGCCCCCCGCCCCUCCGACGCCUCUGCUUCCGGUGCCUCCUGGCGCGCCUCCUUACCGACGAAGAAGUAUACAAGGUUCGAGGCCCAGGUCUUGGCGCUGCGCGCUGACCCUGCCACGUUCACCGAGGAGCCCGAGGACUCUGAGGGCUUUGGUAGAUGGAGUGCCUCGUUCUCCAUUGACGAGGUGAAGGAACAGAUAGAGGCGGUGCUCCGAGAAAGCCCUGGAUUGGAGAGCUUUGUAGAGAGGCUUGUGCCGUCAGUUGUGGAUUAUGAGACAUUCUGGUCCCGGUAUUUCUUUGCAGUCGAUAAGCUCAAGCAGGCAGAGGAUGUCCGCACUAAACUCGUGAGCAGGGCCAUGUCGAAGGAGGAGGAUGAAGAACUCAGCUGGGAUGUCGAUGAUGAUGAUGUUGAAGAUGCCAAUACCAGUGAUCACAAAGAAGGCACAAACUCCAUGGUAGAUAAGAUAGAGGAGCAGGCAGCAGAGACUGUUAACUGUGAAACAGAGGGCAGUCAGAAACAAGAAGCAGCAGUUCGAAAUGACUCAGCAGAAGAUAAGGAGGUUGCUUUGGCUGCAGCCAAGGAUGGUAAUGGUGAAUCCAGUGUUGAAGCAUCGACACCACAGGCAAGCGAUGGGACGGUACGAGAAGAGAAGACUGAAGCUGGUGACUCAUCUAAGGGGGGUGAUUUCUCAGUGGUGCCACAAUCAUCAGUGCAGGAGGAAGAUCUUAGCUGGGAGGAGAUUGAGGACGUUGGCAAUCAAGAUGAGAAGAAUGGGGCUAGCCAACGGUCAAGCUCUGUCAGCAAAGCGGAGGAUCUCCGAAAACGUCUUAAUUCUGUGGAAGAUGAUGAGGACCUAAGUUGGGAUGUCGAUGAGUAG